AUCCGGCACCAAAUUUCCUUUCCUGCGGCAAAUGUGCCACUGCCACACAAACGAUGCCAAGGCAGACUUAACCGCUAAGCUUUCCCUUUCAGCUUUCAAUUCAACUCGAUAAAUAAAUAAAUAUCUCUCUCUAGUCUCUUCCCCAAUUCCUAUCUAAUAAUAAUAUCUGUAACCAUAACCACUACCCACCGCUAUAUACGGACACACCCCACAACCAAAAUCAAUAACGUUAAUAAUAACUGGAGCACCCUCUACUCUGCACAGAUUCACACAAAAACGCAGCAUCCUCUUGGCGUCGUUUAAUUAUUUAGUUACUAUUUGUUGUUGUGAUGAUGGUGAUGGUGAUGGUGGGCGAAGGCGUGGGGUUUCAGGACCUACCGGAAGGCUGCAUAGCGAACGUUGUGUCGUUGACGACUCCUCGGGACGCGUGCAGCCUUGCGCUGGUGUCGUCUACAUUCCGAUCCGCCGCUGAAUCAGAUUCCGUUUGGGAUCGCUUCCUUCCCUCCGAUUACAACGACAUUGUUUCACAGUCCACCUCCUCCUCUUGCCGUUCCAAGAAGCAGCUCUAUCUCUCUCUUUGCGAAAAUCCGAUUCUCGUUGAUGAUGGCAAAAAGAGCUUUCAACUGGAUAAAGCUUAUGGGAAGAAAUGCUACAUGCUAUCUCCAAGGAUGCUCUUUAUAGUAUGGGGAGACACUCCCAGGUAUUGGAAGUGGACUCCUCUUCCGGAGGCAAGGUUUUCCGAGGUGGCCGAACUUGUGAGUGUGUGCUGGUUGGAAAUCAGGGGUUGGAUCAAUACUCACAUGCUAUCGCCAGACACAUUGUAUGGGGCAUACCUUGUGUUCAAGCCAAGCUCUACAGGGGCCUAUGGUUUCGAGUACCAAUCAAUUGAGGUCUCCAUUGCAGUUGCUGGAGGCGAAACCCACAAGAGAACCGUGUUCCUUGAUCCGGAAAGGGGAAAGAGGCUAAGGUAUCAGAUCGUCCCUCGUCGGGUAGGGAUAUUCAACCGAACUCGCAUGGUGGCUGCAGCCGGACCACCACAACCACCUAGAGAUAACCUUGAUGAUCAGUAUCCAAAGGAUCGGAAAGAUGGGUGGUUGGAAAUGGAAUUGGGACAGUUCUUCUGUGAAGGAGGAGAGGACAAGGAGGUGGAGAUGGGAGUUUAUGAGAUCAAGGGUGGUGAUUGGAAGGGUGGCCUUCUUGUUCAAGGAAUUGAAGUUAGGCCUAAACAAUGCGUCCAUGCCAAUAAUACCAUAUAAAUGGAAGAAUACAGAAGAGGGGCCUAAACCAUGUAGUCUUCAUGGUUGUUCAUCUUCAAAGCCAUGACCAAAUUGUUGUCAUUUCCAAGUGGUGGUGUCUUUUCUUUGGGUCCAAUCUGAUGCUUUACCAUUUACUAGUACGAGCGAAGGAAGGAAUAUGUUAGAUUCUUAGUAAGAUUUUGUAUUUACAAAUCAGUCAAAUUAUUUACCUUUUGUAACAUGAUACACAGUAAAGAAAUAACAUUUUACAAUUUUUAUCA